AUAAUAAAGCGGAAGUUUUGGUCAGGAGCACAGCAGCCGAUCAGCCAAACACGCUACAUCAACACACAUUCUCUUGUUUCCAUGGGAAGAGAUUUAAGUUAUUUGUGUUAGCAUUUUGUCUGUUUUGCAAAGCUAAAGAUGGGGUAUCAUUGUGAAAUUAGGUAUAAUGUUUACGGAUGAAACUUUGGAUUCGGUUGGCACCGAAUCAUCAUGGAGAAGAUCACUUCAGUCUGUGCAGGAGUCGAGGAGCUGUCAAACAUUACCACUGCACACCGCAGAGGCUGAGGUACAGGCGCUACAUGUUACGAAUAAUGGCACACAGACCGAUGCACAGGACUGCUUUGCUGAAUACCACGAGACGAGCGGUGACCACCCUGGCUUAAAGGAAUUCUUGGAUGGAAUCGAGGAAAUGGUCAUCAAAGAGCUGAUAAAGAAUUCGAGGAGCCAUGCUUUCGAUGGGUUUGAAGUAAAUUGGGUUGAUCACAAAGAAACGGUAGCCUGUAUUCAUCGACUUCAACAUCCAGACGCCCAGUCAAGAGGGCUCCAAGUCACCAGUUUGUCUUGGAGUUGCACAGGCUCGGUCAUUGCUUGUGCCUUUGGCCGAGUGGAUGAUGGUGACUGGAACACAGAAAGAUGCUUUGUGUGCACCUGGAACUUGGAUCGAAGAGGCUUAAACCCCAAGCGGCCUGACUUGACCAUAGAUGUGGCCAGUGCUGUCAUGUGCUUGUCCUUCCAUCCCCAGCGUCCUUCUCUGAUAGCAGGUGGGCUGUACAGUGGAGAGGUUGUGGUGUGGGACACAAGCCGCACACAAGACCCCAUCCUGGCCCAGACUGGCAUGUCUGCAGAUACUCACAGGGAGCCAGUGUAUCAGGUGCACUGGGUUCCUGGCUCCCGCAGAGGGGAGCUGGAUGUGAUGAGUGCAGGCUCAGGAGGCCGAGUCCUGCAGUGGCGAGUGGAGGGAGUGGAGGGCAGGCUGGUGCUGGCCUCUGGAUAUGCCCUGGUUCGACAGCAGGUGCCCAUGAUCAAUACACUGAGCAAGGCAAGAGGUGGCAGCAGCAUAGGGGUCACAGCCCUCGCCCUCUCUCCUUGGGACCUGGACUCCUUCCUGGUGGGCUCCGAAGGGGGUCUGGUCCUCAAAUGCGCCUUCUCCAGUCAGACAGUGUCUGCAGCACUCCCUGAUGGCGAGAGUGUGACACUACGGGCUCCUGCCCAGUUCUGUUUCUCGCCCAGCAGUGGCCCUGUCCACUCCCUGCACUGCUCACCAUUUCACAGGAACCUGUUUGUGAGCGGAGGGACAGAUGGCCUGGCCCACCUCCACAGCCUGCUCCAGGCUGAGCCCCUGCUGGCUCUGCGGGUGUGUGACUCAUCAUACGUGUUUGCAGUGCGCUGGUCUCCAACACGCCCACUUGUUUUCGCAGCAGCCACAGGACAAGGUUUGGUACAGAUUUUUGACCUGGGUCGGCGGUCACUGAGAGCUGCUACCACGAUUGACCAGGAGACUGGUGGCAAACCUGUGUACUGUCUAGAGUUCAACCCACGGCAGACCCACCUUCUAGCAGCAGGAAACGGAGAUGGCACCAUCAACAUCUGGCAGCUCAGUGGCAACCUGACAGAGCAGGGGCCCAGAGAGACAGCCCAGCUGGAGCAGCUAGCCAAUGAGGUGGCAGACUGAGCCGGGGAGCCCCAAGAACCAGCGCUGUUAUUUACAUCCAUCAAGAACACUAAGGGCUACUGCCUGUUGACACAGGAGGAUGGACACUGAGGUGUCCCAUUGUGUUCUUAUCUGGUCAGCGUUCCUACUCUUAACACUCACACGCCCUUUUAUCCACCCCUAAACUAUUCCAGGUGUAAAACGAUUAGGCCUAGUUUACCCAAACACUAUUGUUAACUCAUUAUCGGGAAUGCUGGCUUUCUCUUUUUUUACUGGAAGCAGUCGAACACUUGAUGUAGUGGCCAGACUUGUAGGCCUUUGUGACCUUAAGUAUAAUGUCCUUUUAUGAAUAUUUUUAUAUAUAUCUAUAUAUCUCUAUGUGUGUGUGUUUAAAAAGAAACAAAUCUGGAAUCUGUUUUUUACAAGGAAAUAAAAGGCACGCCGUACAACUUUA